UGAAACACAGCUAGGCGAUCCAACAGAGAGGUCGCGCAGCGCAGUAUAAUUCAUUUAUUCCUGCAGCAUUGGCAAGUCAGUGGAUGAGAUUCUUUCUUUGAGCUCUCUUCUUGGACUAAGUCAUUACAGCUGGAGUACAUCUGUAGGUUAUUCUCUUAACCAUCAUCCCAGUUCUCCGUUCAAUGCCUAACACUGGGGAAAGUGAAGGCGCCAAGGUAUCUGCUAGGACUGAUCAGGAGGCCCCAUCACGGGCCCCGGCCAGAGAGGAUGAGCGUGAGCGCAGCUUCCUGAGUCCGAGUACGCGUGAUGCGCUGCGGGUACGACGGGCCUCCAGCGCAGAGCUCCAGCUUCCAUGGACCUGCCCUGUAACACACUCCCGGGAGAAGUUCUACACCGUCUGCUCGGACUAUGCGCUGCUCAACCGAGCCCGACCCAUUAUCACAUCUGAAGAUGCGCCACCGACCAAUCCAGACACCACAUCAUUAGUCAAGACCAAUGCUGCAACCCCUUCCCAGAGUCACUCAGGGGGAAUAAGUAUGUCUUUAGAUGGGAACUGUGAUAUGGAGGUUGUGUCAUCCAGCAACAAGCCUGUGCUGGCCUGGGAGAUUGACACCUCUGAUUUUGAUGUGGUUUUAACACGGAAAGCCAGAACAAGUUUGAUUUGUAUUGUACAUGAUCUAUUUUUAUUUUGUUGCAGAUGGUUCAGGCAAAUCAACGAUCAUUUUCGUGUCCGGGGUUGCUCUUACAUUCUGUACAAACCUCAUGGGAAGCACAAGACAGCAGGAGAGACAGCUGAGGGGGCGCUGCUGAAGCUGACGCAGGGACUUAAAGACGAAUCCAUGGCCUAUAUUUAUCACUGUCAGAAUCACUACUUCUGUCCUGUGGGCUAUGAAGCCACACCACUAAAGGCAGCCAAAGCAUACAGGGGACCACUGGCACUUAAUGAGACGGAGCACUGGAUACUUAUUGGUGAACCUAGCAGGAAACACCCCGCAAUCCACUGUAAAAAAUGGGCAGAUAUUGUGACAGAUCUGAACACUCAGAACCCAGAAUACUUAGACAUUCGCCACAUAGAGAGAGGCAUUCAGUAUCGCAAAACCAAAAAGGUUGGAGGCAAUCUGCAUUGCAUCAUGGCCUUCCAGAGAGUCAACUGGCAAAAGUUGGGACCGUGGGCACUGAAUCUGGAAAAUCUGCGGCAUGAUCUCCACCAUCAGGUGCCAGAACACAGAGGUCAAGCUGCGACAGAGGACGGUUCUGAGGAGCGAGCGAUGAAACGCCUGGGUAGGUCCCUCAGUACGGAGAACAAGUCUGACAAUGCCUGGAAGCGUUUGUCCAACACAGCAGAGUACAGGCACAGAAGCUCUCCAGACAGUGACCUAGAUGAAGACACAACUGACUAAAUCUAAAGUGUCCAACCCUCCUCCUAAAGAGCCCAUUGGGUUUUCAAGCGUUUUAAACAAGAAUAUUUACCUUCCCAGGUUGUUAGCAACAGUGAAAAGUUAGAAUUACAUAUCAUAGAUGAAGUUGCAAGCCAAAUGGUGUGGUUAAUGCUCUGGUAACCAUAAGGAAGAAGCCAUAAGCUUUUGUGGAGGACAUCCCUGAAAUGCCACUAUUUUACAGCAAUGUAAAACAAAUUCCAUAGCCCUCAGAAAUGUGCCGUUAAAUUAAGUUUAAAAAUACUUCACAAUGGCUCUCUUGCCAAGACGUUGAGUCACUUCCUGUAGGUCAAAAUGCUGCUUUCUUUAAACUUAUUGUGGAUAAAUGAAUCAUUAAAUAAAUGUGCAGUUAACUGCACUAGAGGUGUGGUCACAUGUACCAUUGUUAUGCAGGUGAGCUAAUCCAGCAAUUUCAAUAGGAAUCCACACAAUCUGGAAUUUCAUCUCAUGGUGAAAGAUUUCCCCGGUUUUUACAGUUGGUCACACCAUGUUGACCAACAGAAAGCUGCUUGGUUUGAAAGUGAUAGUGCUUAAUAUAUUGCUACACUAUACACAGUGGACAAUUUGUGACUGCACCUUAAGUGUACCAAGAACAUGAAGCGAAUAUUUGAUUUUCAGAUCAAUAGCAUCAUUCCAUUUGAGUUAUAUGCUAUUUGGUGGAUUUAUAUGCUAUUGAUGGUAGAUCAUUGGAGUGAAGUAUGGACUGAAAAAUUAUUCAUUUGCAUAAUGUGCUCGCAGAAAACUCAACACUACAUUCAAGAAGACUGGUUCUACUAUUGCAUAAACAAAAAUGGCUUUAUUAGUGUAAGUAUAAAAAAUACAAACGAAGUGAUGUUCAUCAUAAAGAUAUCAGACUGUUUAAUGAUGUGACCAUUUAAUGGAUCAGAUUCUGGUUAUCAUUAAGCGACAUAGUCCAAUAAGAUGGUGCCAUCUUGUUGUAAAUAGCAACUUGAAGGAUUACACUCCCGUUCUUUGUGAAACGCUGUGAGCUAAGACUGCAUGAUUGCUUCCAUGACAUGUGAAUUGUGAUUUGUUUUUCCUUUAACACAGCAACAUCUUGUGUAUAAUGUUAAAGUCAUCACAAAUCUCAUACUCAUGUGAAUCUAGUGUAUUAUUAUUGUAUUCUUUUUAUUUAUAAAUUAAAUAUUUAUACACCUUCUUACACAUCACUGCAUUAUUU